GCAGCGAACAACAUCCAGGAGAAACCCAGGAGAUAAACUAAAGACAAAGCACGUCUGUCUGGUUCUGCUCCAUAAUCUGCAGCAGCUGAACUCCUGAAGCUUCCUCCGACUGCAAACAAGACACCAAACUGUGACACAAUGAAAGUGGCCAUUGUUUUCGUUCUGCUCUUCGCCACAGUCCUCUGCCGGCCGGCGAGAAAAGUUUCUGUCAGCAGUUCAGAGAGCUCUGAAGAAGUGGUGAGACGACCAGCAGCUCAGCCCAUCAGGAGAAAGGCGGCAGAUGUUCCUGCAGCACCUGUGCAGAACGUUGAAGCAGCAGCUACUACUGAGUCAGACGAGAGCACAGAGAACUCUGACGAGCAAGCAGCAGCAGAGGCUCUAGUAGAACUCAAAUCUGACAGCACAGACACAACUUCAUCCCCAGACACAGCCUCUGUCGACAGCCAGGACAGUGAGGACAGCGAUGAUGAUGACGACGAUGAUGAAGCAGAGGAGAGCGAAACUGAUGAGGAUGAGUCUAGCGACAGCUCAGAGUCCGGUGAGUCCUCCACCCCCGCUCCCGCCACCGACGUCCCUGUGGUCGUCACAGAGGAACCUGCGGUUGAAACCACUGCCGAGCCCAUCGUGCCUACCAUCGUCACAGACUCAGGCCGCGGCGACAGUUUGGGAGGCUACCCCAGCGAAUACAAGUCCAUUGUCUAUGUGGAGGACAAAUCCUACCACAAGGUGCCUGCUCCCUACAAGUCCUACGAGUUUAUGGGCAAGAAGAUGGCCUACGACAUGACUGAGGACAACGAGGUGGAGAAGUCAGUGAAGAUGUACAAGGCUCUCCAGGUCCACUCUGACCUCAUGGAAGAGGACACCAGCACCCCCGAGGUGGAAAGCCAGGGCCUCGACGUCACCUCUGGCACCUCACAGGACCAGGACGUCAGCCCCCGCCAGGCCUCCAUCCCAGAAGAGGAGGAAAGUGCUAGCGCCAGCGAUGCCACCACCAGUGAGAGCUCCAGCACCCCAGAGGAGGAGGAGGAGAGCGCCAGCACCACCAGCGACAGCGCCAGCACCAGCCAGGAGUCAGAGGACGAGGAAAGCCAGAGCAGCGAGGAGGCCACAGCCACGCCCGGAGCUGCUGACAGCGAGUCAGACGAGAGCGAUGAGAGUGACUCAGACGAGCAAGGGGCGGGACCAGACGCCACCACUGACAUACCAGUGGUCAUCACUGCCAAAUAAGCAUCCACGAAGUGGUGUCUGAUAGAGUCACAUAAAGAGCACACGCUGCAUUCAGGUGCAAAGAGCCCCCUCCAGAGCCACUUUCUACUGUAGGGCCAAACAGGGACAGCCAAGGAUUCAUUCUUAUUCAUUUCAAUGUGUUCUAGCAAUAUUUAUGUGAUAACUUGUGCAGAAAUGCUUUUCCUUCAGGAUUGUAUUUAAAUAAACCAAUAACUCCUUCAUCCUGUGGUCUGGUUACCCUGGUAAAUCCAAUGUUUGACCCUGCAGGGGAAAAGUGGUAGGAUGUUGAAACUGCUACAUGUAACAGGACUGACCUAAUGACCUUUGCCCCCUCCACUCUCCCUUCUGUUACUGUGGGGUGAAGUCAAAACUGGAAAUAAACAGUCCUGAUAUCUACACUAGCACAACACUGCAUUUAAUCAAAACUGCAAUAUGCAAACCUCCAUUGGUUUUGUGCUUCCAAAGAGAAAAUUGCACAUUUUAUUUAAAUACUUGUAAUCAUUUCAAGCAUCAGUUUAAACUUGACACUAAGUCAUGCAUUUGCUGCCUGUGUGGCUUGGCUUUUUUGCUCGCUAGUAUCAACUCUGCUGGUGUAGAUAAAAGGAUGUAAUCUAAGAGGAAGUCAGUAUCUGUUACAGGGUUCAGUGAGAUAUAGAUGCAGUACACACACACAUAGAUACAACACAGUCCUGUUCAUUUGCACAGUUACCUACACUACAUGUUGUUUGUCCCAUGUUGUUUACUGUAAUGUAUCAUAUUGUACCUUUUCUAAAAUAUUAAUAAAGUUCUUUUUCAUAAAAUGA